UAUCAAGUAAAUACUGCGCUGUAUCCAGCAGUGAAUGACGUUCCAAGUUAUGGUCAGCUUUUUAUUGUAGAUGCGAAUGAAGCAACAGAUCAUAGACUACACAGAAACAACGAGCUGGACCGUGAAAUAUUGCAUACUAUUGAUCGGUUUAUACGUGAACAGAACGUGUUUGCCAAAUCUUAUCAGAUGAUGGGUGAUGAAAUAGAAAUCUAACGAAGAUCAGCAAUCGAAAGGAACGAGAGCUUACCGGAAUUGCAAUUAUUAUUCACGCUAAAGCCGGGUAUGGAUCGUCGUAGAUUUAACUCUCAAAGAUGCAAUGAAGUUGCUGCAGUUUUCUCGACUACAGCUGACGGCGAGAUUCCAGAAGCUUUUACGAUUAUUUUAGCAGUGGAUCGUUGAUUCUUACGUUAAAAUUGGAAAAGAUCGGAUAGAUUACUGCAAAAAUCAUCAGAAAGAGUUGCGUGCCGAAUCUUAUCAAGGUUUAGUGGAUUAUUUGAACAAAAGAGCGGAAAACAUGAAUGGUCGUGUUGGUAAAAUGGUAGUUUUACCAUCAUCUUCCAUUGGUUCGCCUCGCAGUGAGAUGCAAAUGUAUCAAGAUGCGAUGGCUAUUGUACCAGGCAGCAGAUAGACCAGACAUCUGUGCUCGCGUUUUUAAUGCUGAAAAAAGUUAUUUGAUCGAUAUGAUUGUCCGCCAGAAAUUUUUUGGAAAAGUAGCAGCAUACGUUUAUGUGAUUGAAUUCCAAAAACGUGGUUUGGCGCACAUUCAUACGUGGUAACGUUGGCAGAAGGUGAUAAGAUAACAACAAAGGAGGCUGUAGAUAAAUACAUUUCUGCGGAAAUACCAGAUGAAAACGAGAAUAAAAAUUUACACGAUAUUGUGAUGAGACACAUGAUACAUGGCCCAUGUGGAGACUGGUGUAUGAAAAACGGUAAAUGUUCGAAACACUUUCCGAGAGAGUUUAGGGAAGAAACGAUAAUAGAUGAAAACGGUUAUCCUUACUAUCGCCGACGAGACACAGGGCUAUUCUUCGAAUGACCUGGCAGAUUUAUGGUGAACAAUCAGUACGUUGUGCCAUAUUGUCCUCAACUAUCAAUUACAUUCAAUAGUCACAUUAACGUGGAGAUAGUAUCAAGUAUAAAAUCGGUAAAACACUUGUACAAAUAUAUUUACAAGGGUCAUGAUGCAGCUGCUGUAACAGUUGGCGAAAAUCCUGAAGAAAAUACAGUGAUCGACCACGAUGAGAUAAAAAAUUUCAUCGAAACACGUUACGUGGGACCUGUUGUAGCGAGUUGGCGAAUUUUGGGAAAAAGUUUGCAGGACAAAAGUCAUGCUAUCACACGUUUACCCGUUCACUUACAAAAUGAGCAAAACGUAGUAUUCACGGAUGACAAUGAAGAGAAAAAGAUACGAUCAAGUUUGGAAAAAACCGGAAUGUUAUUGGAUCACUUUGCGUUAAACGCACGUGACCCUCAGGCUAGGCAGUAUUAUUAUUCUGAGAUCCCGUGUCAUUAUACGUACAAAAAAUACAAAAUUAACGGCACUACGUUACGGAACGGAUUGUCGCGUGGCCGAGCACGAGCCUAUGCACAAAUCAGUGAAAUGUUGAAUGCAGAGGGUUGGAGUCUUUCUGAUUUUCCGGAAAUGGAACAAAAAAUAAUUAAUUUUGAAUCGAACAAUGAAUUACUUGAGGAAUCAUCUACAAUUGGAGUGCGACAGUAUGAAAAAUUAAAUUCUGAACAAAAAGAAAUUGUUGAUGCCGUAUUGGAUUCGAUUAAUACAGCCGAUUACACCGGCGGCGCUUGCUUCUACAUCGAUGGCCCAGGUGGCUCCGAUAAAACUUACAUCUACAAAAUUAUAUGGCAUUUAUUGAAAGCGAAAGGAAAAAAUGUGAUUACAAUGGCAUUCACGGGAAUUGCAGCAACAUUGUUACCACAGGGUAGAACAGUUCAUAAGACGUUCGGAUUACCUGUUCCCCUCCAUUCAGACUCAACAUCAAGCGUAAAGGUAAAAUCUUAACAUGGAGACUAUCUGAAAGAAACACACGUCAUUAUUUGGGAUGAAGCUCCAAUGGCACCCAGGUACGCGUAAGAAGUUAUCGAUAGAACAUUACGCGACAUAAUGAACAAUGAUUUACCAUUCGGUGGGAAGAUUUUGAUCAUGGGUGGCGAUUUCAGACAACUAUUACCAAUAAAAGUGAGAGGUACACGCAGUGAAACAGUUAACUUAUCAAUCAAAUUUAGUAAUCUAUGGAAAUUCUUCAAAAAGUACAAAUUAACGCAAAAUAUGAGAACUUUAUCUAAUGAAGUUGAAUUUUCAAAAUUUUUGAUAGACCUUGGCGAUGGAAAAUUGAAUGACAAUAAUGAUUAUGUUCAAUUUCCAGAACAUUGUAUAGCAUCUCCAAAUUCUAACAUAGUACAAAGUGUAUACGGGGAGUAUAUCAGGGAAAAACGAUUCAAAAAAGCAGCAAAUUGUGCAAUACUGUCAGCUAGGAAUGCUGAUGUAGGAGAAAUCAAUAAGCAAGUGGUAGAAUUACUCGAUUCAAAGAACGAAAAAAAUUUAUACAAGCAUAAAUAGCAUCGACAAAACUAACGACAAGGAUAGUAUAUGUGAAACAAUUCUACCGGAGUACUUGGACAGUUUGUCACCACCGUCCUUUCCACCACAUGAAUUGCGAUUGAGAGAAAAUUGUGUAGUCAUGCUCAUUCGAAAUUUGAGUGUAAACGAAGGCCUUUGCAAUGGCACUAGAUUACUUGUGAUCGAACUCGGAAAUCAUUUGUUGAAAUGUGAGAUUCUUACAGGCGAUAAUGCUGGGGAAAUAGUAUUUCUGAAUAGAAUUACGCUAUAUUGCGAGGAUAUUUAUUUUUUCACGUUCAAAAGAGGGCAAUUUCCAAUCAAACUGGCAUUUGCAAUGACAAUAAAUAAAUCGCAGGGACAAACUUUGGAAAAAAUUGGUAUCGACCUCAGAAAAGAUGUUUUCAAUCAUGGGCAAC